CUACUUAUAUACGCUAGCAUCAAGAAUAGUCAUCAAAAAGGUAUUGAAACUUUAUACGUUAUAUUCUAUCCGGAAAAUUGAUCACGAUGUAUUUCAUCACGGUGUCGUUCAUUGUGGUUUGUUCUAUGCCAGGAAUUUUGGCCAACAUGUUGUAUUAUGAUCAACGCUUUUUGAACGCAACCAUUGAAGCUUUGGUAAUGACCAAUGGACCUCUAACUGGAAUCAACGAAGGGUCAGAUCGUUCAAAUUUCUGGCUCGAAUUCGAAAAUGGCUUGCAUAUCAUAGUUCCAUGCGAUUAUGAUCAUCAUUAUUAUAGCAAACUUAAUACAUGCAUUGACACAUCCAAAAUGGGGAUAAUCUAUGAUCACUGUCAGUUUUCAAGAAAUCCCGAUUGUUGGAAUGAAAUGCCUUUCUGCUUUUUCAAUAAUGAGAAUGGCAAAUACAACUAUGAUAACUGUCUACCUUAUUUUAAACGCAACGAUGAAGAAUGUCGAUGUGAACUCGUGCGAUAAAAUAAAUGAAAUAGAGAUAGAUGAAACAUAUAAGACAAUAGAAUAUAAUUAUUAUAAAAAAUAAUAUCAAUUAUUCGAAUUAAUAUUCGGAUAUUAGAAUUAUUUCAAAACA